AUGCAUGAAGAUGAGGCAAUCUUUGUUUGUGAACCAGAUCUUAACAUCCAAGCUUCAAUACGUCUUCAACAGUUGAAGUUAGAGUUUCUGGUAGCUGUUGAAAAAAUCAGAAAGGAAACUGAGGUUGCUAAAGCCAAGUACCAGCAAUUUAAUCAUCAAACUCUCCCAAAACCAGUGGAGCAACAGAGACAGCAAGCCCUCAAACCUUGGACACAAUUGGACUCUCAACACCGUGUUAUUCCACACUACACUGAAAAACUGCCAGUUGUGCCUUCAAGUUCAAAAGACAUUCCAACUACAGCUGACAAAAAUGCCAGUUUGGUGUCCACAGGCACAGAAUCCAGUGAAACAGAACAUGCAGGACUUGCUCCAAUCCCAAGGGAUAGUUCUGUGAAAGCAUCUCCAGAUUUGUCUCUCGACUGGAGAACAGGCUGGUCAAGUUUUCAUGGGCAAAUGCCAGCAAUGGAGAACAAAGGACUUUCUCUGUCGAUGGAUUCAGAGUACUGCUUUGGUGUUGCUGAUGAUGUCUUCAGCACUAUUUGUGACUUGGAAAGUAAACCAAAUUCAUUCAGUAGGAAAGGGAGAGGAAAUAGAGUGGAUUUAAAUACCACUUCAUGUAAAGUGUCCAAAUUGUCUUCUGCAGCAUCUGUCCAUUCUGACACUGGUGAAUCAUCGGGUCAGAUAAAUACUCUUUCUGAGGAGGGAACUAGUCCUAAUGAAUCAGAUGAUAUGACCCAGUCCAGCAAAAACCGGUCUCAAGAUGUCAAAUGUAAACGUUACAAACGUACCCAGGAGGCACUACAAAGCUCGGGACUUCUGGAUGUGACCAUGAAGACCGCGGAACUUAUCAAAAGAAAUCGGCAGCUACAAAAAGACAUUCAGGAUUUCAAAAAGGAAACGGUGGAAUUUCUCAAAUCUGUCAUGAGAAAUCCUGAAAACAAAGAAUGUACAAAAAAAUUUCAUGGCAAACUUCCCUCAUGAAUGUAAAUGAUAUUCAAUACGAAUACAUGGCAAAUAAUUUUUAUUCAGUGGUAAAUGUAAAAAUCAUUUGUCAAUAUAUAAAUCUCAUACAUCUGCUAACAACAUACUGUAAACAUUUACCUAUAAGCUAGGUGUUACAGACCUACAUAUAUUGAUUGGAAAUUAAAGAAGUAUUGAUAUUUGUACUAAAUUAUAGUGAUAAAAAGGGGGAAAGGUUUCAUGCUGAUCAUCAUUGGUAUCUUUAUUUUACAUUAGUCAAUAUUCACAUAAGCUGUAAAUGAACUGACUAUUUGUGUGUAUGGUGUGUAGAACGCAAGAUUUUAUACUCAAGAAAGAUGAAAUUUAGUCAUACAUUUAUAUGAUAAAUCUUGUAUAUUUACCACUCAAGUACACAAUUUGUUAAGUUUUAUUGUAUAUUCAGAUGAUUGAAGUUUUUCCCGAUCAUAAUGGAAAAUUUAAUCGAACAUUUAAAUCAGGAGCUCAUCCUUCUGAUUUUUAGGUCGGCUGAGUCCUUCAGGGUGAGCUAUGACUAUCUGUUUUCAUGUGUCGUCAUGCAUUAUUUGUUGUACAUUGGUCAUAAUGUGUGAACACUUUCAGCUUCAUCUCUAAAAUGGUUGAACCAAAUUCAACUAAUUUUGGUAUAAAGCAUCUAUGGGUCAAAGGGAAUAAUAAGACCAAAUAAGAUAAUAUGUGUGGUUCUGGUUACACUCCCUUGAAAAAUAGGGUAGGUAAGUAGGGAUUUUAUUUUAUUUUUUUAAUGAUAGAUUUUAGAUGGAAAUGCAAUUUUCUUUUACUUUCACUUCUUUGCAUGUACCAUUUAUAUAUGGUUUGAUUAUACAUGUACCUAUCAAAAUUUGUAGGGAUCACCCUAGUUUUGACAAUUAUAUAUAUAUAUCGAGAGAUCCACUCGCCUUAUAAAAUAUCUUAAACACUGAAUGACACAGCGACUGUGUGAGAUUGCAUCAGUGUGUAUAAGUAGCGCUUUAGGAGCAUAACAAAACUUCCUUUCUAGGGAAGUCGUUGUGGCCGAGUGGACUUACGCACUGGUUUGACAGUCUUGCUAGGCGGUGGGUGCCGCAGGUCACUGGUUCGACUCCGGGCUGGGGCGAAAAUUUUCAGUACCUAGUUGUGAUUAUUUAGUGCUUUAUAUAUAUAUAUAUAUAUAUAUAUAACAAAUAAAACAAAUAAUAAUGGGGGGAGGGGGGGGGAAUUGGUGCAUUUGCCAAAACUAUGUUUUUAGGCACCUGAGUAAACUCAGGUGACCUAUUGCAAUUGGUUUUCAUCAGUCGUCUGUCAUGCGUUAACAAUUGAACAUUUUUAACUUCUUAAUAACUACCAGUCCAAUUCUUUUCAAAUUUGGUAUGUAGCUUCAUUAGGACAAGGGGGAUUUAAAUUGUAAAUUUCAGGACUCCUGGAGCCCUAGGGGUGGGGCAAAAACUGCCCAAAAUUGACCAAUUGUCAAAAAUCUUCUUCUCAAGAACCACACACUGUAAGAAAAACUAAAGGUAUGGUGAUGUAGAGCAGGAAGGCCUCUACCACAAUUGUAAAUUUCAUGAUCAUCGGGGUAGGGGUUCUGACCCCAGGGCGGGGCCAAACUUGUUAUAUAGUGUUUGUGUAAAACACUUGAAUUACAUCUUCUUUAAUGUUAUUGAUACUAAAUUGAAAGUAAACAGAUAUUAAGAAAGAAGAGGUAGUCCUUUACCAAAAUCGUAAACUUGAUUAUUCCAGGAGUAGGGGUUUUGGUAUUGGAGUGGGGUCAAAAUGGUCAGUUAUUAAGUGUGUGAACAAUAGACAUUUUUAACUUCUUCUUGAUAAGUAUUAUUCUAAUUCUUUUCAAAUUUGGUGUCAAACAUAUUUGGAACAAGGGGAACUUAAAUUGUAAAUUUCAGGAUUCCUGCACCCCUGGGGCAUUAGGGGCAGGGCAAAAACUGCCCAAAAAUGACAAAUUUUCAAAAAUCUUCUUCUCAAGAUCCACACACAUGUAAGAAAAACUAAAUGCAUAGUAAUGUAGAGCAUGAAAGCCUCUACUAAAAUUGUAAAUUUCAUGAUCCCUGGGGUAGGGGUUCUGACCCCAGGGCAGGGUCAAACUUGUUAUAUAGUGUUUAUGUGUAAAACACUUAAAUAACAUUUUCUUUAGUGCUAUUAUAAAUAUUUAAAAAGAAGAGGUAAUCCUUUGCCAAAAUUGUAAAUUUGAUGAUCCCAGGGGUAGGGGUGUUUAUGUGUAAAACACUUGAAUAACAUCUUCUUUAGUGCUUUUGAUACUAAAUUGAAACUAAAUGGAUAGAGCAGGUAGUCUUUUACCAAAAUUGUAAAUUUGAUUUUCCCCAGAGUAAGGGUUUUGACCCCAGGGUGGGGCCAAACUUAGUUUAUAGUAUUUAUGUGUAAGUUUGCUGAUACUGUAUAAAAUCUAAAUGCAUACUUAGGAAUAGCAGAAAAGGAUGAAAAAAAUGUUGAAUUUCACAACCUAGGGUUAUGACUUUAGGAUGAGUCUAAAUUAGUCAUAUGUUUUGAUGUUUUAAUGUUAAUACACCUAUUAUUUAAAGCCUUUCAUCAGUGUAUGCACUUUUGAGGGCAGUGAAGUUUUAAGAACACAUCUUGUUUUAUACUGUUGCUGAACAUUAGAAUUUAGCUUAGAUAUUCAGGAAUUUUUUUUCUAGAUUUCAUAGUCCAUGGAAGUAGUGAUACUUUUUCACUAGUAUUCAGGUGAUCGAUAAGGCCUGUGGUCCUCUUGUUAUACCCCCCGCAACAAGUUGGGGGGUAUACUGGAAUCGGGUUGUCCGUCUGUAGACGCAAUGGUUUCCGGGCUCUAAAGCAUUAUCCUUUCCACCUACCGUCACCAUAUCAUAUAUAUGGACUACCCAUGGGAUGAAGAUGUUCCCUAUUGAUUUUGGGGUCAAAAGGUCAAAGUCAAGCGCACUGGACAUCGAAGUAGCAAUAUGGUUUCCGGGCUCUAAAGCGUUAUCCUUUCCACCUACAGUCACCAUAUCAUACAUAUGGACUACCCAUGGGAUGAAGAUGUUCCCUAUCGAUUUUGGGGUCAAAAGGUCAAAGGUCACGUGCACUGGACAUCGAAGUAGCAAUAUGGUUCGGUUUGUCAUGCCAUUUGUUUUUUACACUCAGAAAAGAGGUCGUUUAUACCUAUUACCAACACCCUUUGGGAGAUUGUGGUAAGCGGGGGGUAUUCUUAGUGAGCAUUGCUCACAGUACCUCUUGUUGAACAUGAAAGUAGGAAAUGAUAUUUCAACCAGAGUACUGUUUUUAAGCCCUUCCAAGUUUUUUUCAGAUCGCUCAGUAUAUUCAAACAACCUGAAAUUUGCAAUAUUAUUUAUGUAAGCACUCUUUAGUUCUAAGUCACUUUCUGUCUAAUGUUGGAUGGCCUGUAGUAAGUGUGUACAGCUUAUUAUUUUAGCGGUAUUUAUAUAUUGGCUAUGAAUGAACUUAGAGUCAAGCUUCAUCUAUAGAAAAUCUGGUCAAAAACCUAUAUGUAUUGUGGUAUAUAUUAUGCAUUCCUUCUCAUAAAAGAAAAUCUUGAAAAAAGGGUGCAUUAUAUGUGGCAAAAUGCGGUAACUGAUUUCGGAAAUAGUCAAAAAAAAAGUUUAGGGUCAGGGGUAAAAACUAGGGAUGGUAGGGUAACCGGAACCACACAUAUUUUUUUAUUUGGCCUAAUUUUGAAUUUCAUAAACUCUGCCGAUUUGAGAGUUAUACCAACAUAUAUUUGCAUUUCCAAUGUUUUCGUGUUUGAUAUCUUUACAAAAUGUAAUGAUAGCCAUUUCUUCAUAAAUGCAAAACAGUUUGAACAAUUUACGAUUUCCCCCAAAUUUUUCUUUUUCACUUUUAAUGAUCAAAAUCUACAGUCUAAUGUGUGUUCAAAAGAGUUCACAUAAAAAUUAAGGUUAUACAUUAUCAAAGAAGCUCAUUUUAGAGAGUUUAUUAUUUGUUUUGUAAACAAAGAUUGCGGUAUGUUAUUGUUUAUGAAAUUUUCAAAAGAAAUGGAUAUUGAUCUAAGAUUAUUAUAUCUUUCACAUUUCGUAGCAUUUUUGGGGUAAAUGUGUCAUGUAAAGUUAAAAUUUGUGAUUAUGCAAAAUAAAGAUGCUUUAUAUUACAAAA